UAGCUAAGAAAGCGCCACCGAUAGACGGCAACAUUUCAACAACACUGCUUUAAUAAACAAUUUUUUAGGGCACAAAUAACAACACAAGAAUGAGCGGCGAGAAGGCCGAAAAGGCCAAGAUCAGUGCCCAAAUCAAGCAUGUGCCGAAGGACGCACAGGUCAUCAUGUCCAUCCUGAAGGAGCUGAACAUCCAGGAGUACGAGCCGCGCGUCGUCAACCAGAUGCUGGAGUUCACUUUCCGCUACGUCACCUGCAUUCUGGACGACGCCAAGGUGUACGCCAAUCAUGCGCGCAAGAAGACCAUCGACAUGGACGACGUGCGUCUGGCCACUGAGAUGACGCUGGACAAGAGUUUCACCGGUCCGCCGGCGCGCCACGUCCUGGCCAAGGUAGCCGACGUGCGGAACGCCAUGCCCCUGCCGCCCAUCAAGCCGCACUGCGGUCUCCGACUGCCGCCAGACCGCUACUGCCUCACGGGCGUGAAUUACAAGCUGCGGGCCACCAAUCAGCCCAAGAAGAUGACCAAGUCGGCGGUCGAGGGCCGACCCCUGAAGACCGUGGUCAAGCCCGUCUCCAGUGCCAAUGGCCCGAAGAGAGCCCACUCCGUGGUGGCCAAACAGCAGGUGGUGACCAUUCCCAAGCCCGUGAUCAAGUUCACCACCACCACGACCACGAAAACGGUGGCCAGCUCCGGCGCUUCGGGUGGCGGCGUCGGUCUGGAGGUGAAGAGCGAGCCCAGUGGCUCCGGCGGCGAUCUCAAAAUGGAGGUGGACAGCGAUGCGGCGGCCGUGGGUAGCAUCGCCAGCGUUUCGGGAUCUGGAGCGGGAAACGCCAGCGGGGCAAGCGGAUCCUCUGGCGUGGCUGUCAAGCGGGAGCGCGAGGAGGAGGACUUUGAGUUUGUGGCCAACUAGCAAAUCGAACAGAGCAACCUAAAAUAUAUUUUCAAAACCACACCUA